CGGGGGCAGCGGUGGCGGCGGCGGCGGCAGUGGGCCCUGUGACGGCGGCAGUGGGCCCGGUGACGGCGGCGGCGGCGGACCGGUGCCGCUCGUGACGGCAGUGCGGAGCUGGUGGCAGACGGCGGACGGUGGUUUGGUGUGGUGCACAGACUGGUGUGAGCGAGCGACUGGCGAUGGAACUCAGCAGGAGAGCACCACUGGUGGUCUGGGGGCUGGUGCUGGUGACGGUGGCGGUCGCAGGAGCUCUGGAAGGGAAUCACCAGAGGCGCCUGAAGCGGCAGUCCAGUCCAGACGGUGUAUAUGAGGUCGAAAUCAGCGUGCCCGUGCAAAGCGAUUCCGUCACACACGAAGACACCAAGCAGGUUGCCGACGUGCAGAAGCUCAUCAAAGACAUCAUCCUCGAUGGCGGCCAGUUCGAUGUCAACUCUCAGCUCCCCAAUGUGGAGUCGGACCCGGGCUCGGUACAGAUCGACACCGAGUACCGCUGUCAGGAGGGCAAGGUGCUCGUCGACCGUUCGUGUGUGGCCUGCGCAGCCGGCACCUACUUCGACCUGGAGUCGCGCACGUGCCGCAAGUGCGCCAUCGGCAGCUACCAGAGCGGCCUGGGCCAGUCGAGCUGCAUCCCGUGUCCGGACAUCGCCGGCAAGCAGUCGACCACGCAGAUGAGGGGCGCCCAGACGGCCGACCUCUGUAAAGAGCGGUGCGAGGCCGGCCGGUACUUUGACAGCGCUCUGCAGCUCUGUAAGCCGUGCGGCGUCGGCCGCUACCAGGGCCGCGCCGGCCAGUUCUCCUGCUACCAGUGUGAACGCGGCCUGACCACGCGCGGCACCGAGAGCACCUCUGCCGAGAACUGCACCAAGGCGUGUGAGAGCGGCUUUCAGCUGGCGGUGGACAACACGUGCCAGCCGUGUCCGCGGGGCACGUACCGCGCCUCCGGGGCGCAGCAGACGUGUACUGCGUGUCCGGAGGGUACGACCACGGAGAGCGGAGGCGCCACGUCGGCAGAGAGCUGCUCGCUGCCCGUCUGCCAGCCAGGUUCGUUCCUGAACUCGACCGAGGGCCACCGGUGCCAGGUCUGUCCGCUGGCCACCUACCAGCCGGACCAAUUGGCCACGGGCUGCAUCGACUGUCCGCCCGACACCACCACUCAGCAGACGGGCUCCACCAGCGCCGAGCAGUGCACCAACCCGUGUAACGACGGCGGCGGCGACAGCAAGUGUGACGCCAACGCGCUCUGCCUGAUCGACCUCGCCGCCAACUCGUUCCGCUGCGAAUGCAAGCUGGGCUUCCGCGGCGACGGCUACAACUGCACCGACCGCUGCGACGGCUUCUGUGACAACGCCGGCGUGUGCAGCAAGAACCAGCGCACCGGCGACCCCGAGUGCGCCUGCACCGGAUCAUUCACCGGUGACCGGUGUGCCGAGAAGUCGCAGUUCGCGUACAUCGCCAGCGGCGUGGCCGGUCUGGUGCUGCUGGCCAUCAUCUGCGUCCUCUUCGUAUGGAUGAUCUGCGCGCGCGCCAACCGCAAGAACAAGCAGCAGGAGGCCGUACAGAAGGCCAUGACGGCGCCGCCUGACGCAGCCUCGCAGGUGAACUUCUACUACGGCGCGCCGACCCCGUACGCCGAGAGUAUCGCUCCGUCGCACCACUCCAACUACGCGCACUACUAUGACGAGGAGGACGAGGCCUGGGAGAUGCCCAACUUCUACAACGAGGCCUUCGUCAGAGAUAACGGCACGAUGGGCGGCGCCGGCACCCUGUCCCGGCCACAGUCCGGCGUGCCGAGCAUGUACGGCAUGCCGCCACCCAAACAGGAGGAGCUGUACGACCGGCUGAGGAAACACGCCUACACCGGACGGAGGGACGACGGAGUGGAAAGCCAGGAAGACCAGCCGCUGUAGUCUGCCAUCUGCCGGUUACAUCUCAAACUAUAACUGCCCGCGCGGCCGCCAGAGCGGCGGUGGCUCGCGGCAGCAUCGUCCGGGAGGCGCCAGUCACCCCCACCGUCACAGGCCGCCGCUCAGAAGCGCGGGAACCGCGCCGUUGGCGCCAGACAUUGUGUGCCGGCGUCAACUGGGGAGGCGUCUGAUUACCACAGACUUCUGAGAGCAUAGAAAAGUGCCUCAUGGGCGCUUAUGUGUGUUGCGAACAUGAAAGCGCCGCGCGGAGCUGAUAUUGUGUGCUAAGUGCAAGUGUGGUGCCUCACGGGCGCUUAAACUGAACGCAAUGCGCAUCCGUUGAACUUCAUGUUUAGUGCUACAGCAGCUGAUGAGUGCUUCCUUGCGAGUGAUUUUGUGAGACGUGUAUGGGUGCGUGCAUGUGGCCUUGUGCGAUCGGGAGCGCUAGUGUGCGACUGCGUGUGAGACUGUAUGCGAGAGCGAGUCCGCCGAUUCAGAGGCGGGCGUCACAGAGCCUAUAUAUAUAUCAGCCGGGCCGGUCACUAGCCGCCGCUCGGCACAGCUGGAGCUUACCGCUCGUGUACUGUACAGACCUGACCGCCCAGUGUAGUGUGAGUAGAACCCCGUGUGUUGAAGCGACCGCCCACCCGCCGUCGAGACAGAACCCAUGCCAAGGAGCAUUGGAGCCAGCAUAUGCCUCCAUCGUUUCACUUCACUCCAGGACUAGCAAACACCAAGCGGCUCCGAGAGAACUACGCCUAUUUUGGGAUGAAGAAAUGCCUGCUCACUUCUCGCCAACCAACAAACAGCGGCAGCAUCUGAUUGGACUGACCGUGUAUUGGACGGUCAUCACAGCGGACGGGGGCGGCGGCGGCGGGUCGGAGAGGAUGUGGCCGUUCAGGGGAAGUGGGCGGCGUCCUUCUGGUGGAGCUCCAACAGCCGGUCCUCGAUCACAGGGUCCGGGAAGCGCGCCACAAACGACUGGAUCAGACCCUCGGCUGACGGCUCGUACUGGUGCAGCGCCACGUCCUCCCCUGUGGUGAAACGCCAGGCGGUCAGAUGCGGGGUCAUGAGGGACAGAGUAAAGACUGGGGCGAGGAGGAGUCGGUCGGUCAGAUACGGGGUCAGAUGGGGACGGAGGAGACAGAGGAUCAGUGAAUAUCGUGGAAUGAUGUCUCGGUGAUGAAGGUCGAUUACAUAUUGUUUACAUAUUGUACGGAACGGAAAUGAAGGCGAGGAAUAUGAGCGAGAAUAAAAUGCUAAGCGUGUA